AUGUUGGCACAAUUUCUUCCUCAUCAGCAUUCACACUUUACUUUUGGAUCUGAGGCUUUGCAUGGCCCUGGCAGAAGAAUGUCUUCUCUCAAUGUCACUGAACCUCAUCCCUCUCCCUUCCUGUUAGGAAUUCCAGGAUUGGAAGCUGCACAAAGCUGGCUUGGCUUUCCCUUCUGUGCUUAUCUGAUUGCUCUUGUUGGAAAUCUUAUCAUUCUAUUUGUCAUCUGGACUGAUAAAAAACUCCACCAACCCAUGUUCUACUUUCUGGCCAUGCUGUCAGUGAUUGACCUGAGUCUCUCCACAGCUACCAUCCGCAAGAUUUUGGGCAUUUUCUGGUUCAGCCUGCAGGAGCUGUGCUUGGGCUGUGCUGCUCAAGUCUUUUUUAUCCAUGUUUUUACAGUCAUGGAGAGCACUGUACUUCUUGCCAUGGGAUUUGAUUGCUAUGUGGCUAUUUGCAACCCCCUCAGGUAUACUAUGAUCCUCACCAACAGAAUUAUUGGUGUGAUUGCUAUGGUUGUGGUUCUUAGAAGCUUAUGUAUGGUUGCACCCAUCAUUUUUCUCCUCACGAGGCUGCCUUACUGUGGACAUAGAAUCAUCCCUCACACCUAUUGUGAGCACAUGGGAGUGGCCCGUCUGGCUUGUGCCAGCAUCAGUGUCAAUGUCUGUUAUGGUCUUGGGAAUAUUUUUAUCUUGUUUCUGGAUGUGUUUCUUAUCAUUAUCUCCUAUGCCAGAAUUUUAUGCACUGUCUUUCACCUCCCUUCCCAAGAUGCCCAUUUGAAGGCUCUUAAUACCUGUAGCUCACAUGUCUGUGUCAUCUUAGUAUUUUUUGGCCCAGCUCUCUUCUCCUUUCUCACUCAUCGCUUUGGUCCUGGCAUCCCACAGUAUAUCAAUAUUCUCCUGGCUAACCUCUAUGUAGUCAUUCCCCCUGCUCUUAACCCAGUCAUUUAUGGAAUCAGGACCAAGCAAAUCCAGGAGCGGGUAAAAAGUCUCUUUGCUAAACAUUAAUUGAAUGAGAGGUAAUUCAUGCAGGUUAUAAAAGUGUA